AUGGGGUCGAGGGGUCCGAGAGUGCUCGACGCGGGCAUACGCGUCGCCGGCGGCAUCGCCAAGAAGCACUCGCUCGCCAGCAGCGCGGGGCAGAAGAAGAACGCCACCCACGGCGGCAUCCAGUUCCUCAAGUCCUACGGCCAGCACAUCCUGAAGAAUCCGAUGAUUGUCAACUCCAUCGUCGAGAAGGGCGGCGUCAAGUCCACGGACGUGGUGCUCGAGAUUGGCCCGGGCACCGGGAAUCUGACCAUGCGGCUGCUAGAGACUGCGAAGAAAGUCAUCGCCAUCGAGUUCGACCCGCGCAUGGUGCUUGAGCUGCAGAGGCGCGUGCAGGGCACGCCGCACCAGCAGAACCUCACCAUAAUCUCCGGCGACUUUCUCAAGGUUGACCUGCCCUACUUCGACGUGUGCGUGGCGAACGUGCCGUACCAGAUCUCGUCUCCGCUGGUGUUCAAGCUGCUCUCGCACAGACCGAUGUUCCGAGCCGCGACGCUGAUGUUCCAGCGCGAGUUCGCCAUGCGCCUGUGCGUCCAGCCCGGCGACCCGCUCUACUGCAGACUCUCGGUGAACACCCAGCUCCUGGCCCGAACGACGCACCUGCUCAAGGUUGGCAAGAACAACUUCAGGCCCCCGCCCAAGGUGGACUCCAGCGUCGUCCGCAUCGAACCGAGGCCCAUCAGCACGAUACCGUGCAACUUCAAGGAGUGGGACGGCCUGGUUCGCCUGUGCUUCGGCCGAAAGAACAAGACGCUCGGCGGAAUCUUUCGAACCAAGACGGUGCUCGAGCUGCUGGAGACAAACUACAAGACGUACAAGGCGUUGCAGUUGCACGACCCGAGUACUCCGGAGGGCGUGCGCAAACUGGUGGAGGAGGUGCUGGCGACGAACGGGCACGAGAACAUGCGCGCGAGCAAGAUGAGCCAGGAUGAUUUCCUCGUCCUCCUCGCCACCUUCAACGAGAAGGGCAUACACUUCGCGUAG